GUCAUUCCCCAUUUCAAGAUGGCGAGCGGCCGUCGGCGUGAGGUGAGGUUUGUCUGCGUCACGUGACGGACAGGACGGGGGUGUGUAUCUCCCCGCCGAGUGUCCCGGCGGAAGAGUGAAGGGAGUCGGCUGAAAGGUCGCCGCUGGGGGAAAGGCAGACACAAGACGGCAGCGCGGCCUGGCGCUGGAGGACCGGAGGCACGCCAGUCACGACGGACAACGCCGGAACCAACGCGGCGGCCGGGGCGCAGCCACCCUCGCUGCCUCCGCCGCCGCCUCCGCCUAGGAUGUCUCGCCGAAAGGCAACUGAACGCCCACCUCCUUGAUGUUUUGAUUGGCGGAGGAAGAAAAUGCCUGAGAUGGUUCAAAACAGAGCAAGCAAGAUGGCCCAUACUGGGAGAAAUGCAGGAAGCAGUUCUGAUGGGACCGAGGACUCCGAUUUCUCUACGGACCCAGAGCAUACAGACAGUUCAGAAAGUGAUGGCACUUUACGCCAGUCAGCGCGUGUGACCCGCUCUUCUGCGAGACUCAGCCAGAGUUCUCAAGAUUCCAGUCCAGUUCGAAAUCCCCCGUCAUUUGGAGGAGAGGAGCCUGUUUAUUCUACCCGGAGAGUGACCCGCAGCCAGCAACAGCCCACACCUGUGACUCCCAAAAAAUAUCCACUUCGGCAAACUCGCUCAUCUGGAUCAGAAACAGAGCAAGUGGUGGACUUUUCAGAUAGAGACACUAAAAAUGCAGCCGACCAUGAUGAGUCUCCACCCCGCACGCCAACUGGGAAUGCCCCAUCCUCAGAAUCUGACAUCGAUAUCUCCAGCCCUAACAUGUCUCAUGAUGAGAGCAUUGCCAAGGAUAUGUCUAUGAAGGAUUCUGGAAGUGAUUUGUCCCAUCGUCCCAAGCGCCGUCGCUUCCAUGAAAGCUACAAUUUCAACAUGAAAUGUCCCACCCCUGGCUGCAAUUCUUUAGGACAUCUGACUGGAAAACAUGAAAGACAUUUUUCCAUAUCUGGAUGUCCGCUAUAUCAUAACCUUUCAGCAGAUGAAUGCAAGGUAAGAGCCCAGAGCCGGGACAAACAAGUUGAGGACAGGAUGCUGUCUCAUCGACAAGAUGACAAUAAUAGACAUGCCACCAGACAUCAGGCACCAACCGAAAGACAAUUAAGGUACAAAGAAAAAGUAGCAGAGAUGAGAAAGAAGAGGAAUGCAGGGCUGACAAAGGAGCAGAAGGAAAAAUACAUGGAGCACAGACAAACCUAUGGAAACACAAGAGAGCCCCUUUUAGAAAACCUGACCAGCGAAUAUGACCUAGAACUGUUCCGGAGAGCUCAAGCAAGAGCAUCAGAGGAUCUGGAGAAACUGAGACUUCAGGGCCAGAUCACAGAAGGCAGCAACAUGAUCAAGACGAUUGCUUUUGGCCGCUAUGAGCUGGACACAUGGUACCAUUCUCCCUAUCCAGAGGAAUAUGCACGGCUGGGGCGCCUCUACAUGUGUGAGUUUUGCCUCAAAUACAUGAAGAGCCAAACGAUACUACGCAGGCACAUGGCAAAGUGUGUCUGGAAGCACCCUCCAGGUGAUGAAAUUUAUCGUAAAGGCUCUAUUUCGGUAUUUGAAGUCGAUGGGAAAAAGAACAAGAUCUAUUGCCAGAACCUGUGCCUUUUGGCAAAGCUAUUCUUAGACCACAAGACUCUAUACUAUGAUGUUGAGCCUUUUCUCUUCUAUGUCAUGACAGAAGCUGACAACACUGGCUGCCAUCUGAUAGGCUAUUUCUCCAAGGAAAAGAACUCAUUCCUUAACUACAAUGUUUCUUGUAUCCUGACGAUGCCUCAAUACAUGAGACAGGGUUAUGGCAAAAUGCUUAUUGACUUCAGCUACCUACUUUCAAAAGUGGAAGAGAAGGUUGGCUCCCCAGAGCGACCGCUCUCAGAUCUGGGUCUUAUUAGCUACCGUAGUUACUGGAAGGAGGUUCUUCUCCGUUAUCUGCAUAACUUUCAAGGCAAAGAAAUCUCCAUCAAAGAAAUCAGUCAGGAGACAGCUGUCAAUCCUGUUGACAUUGUUAGCACUCUGCAGGCACUUCAGAUGCUCAAGUAUUGGAAGGGAAAACAUCUGGUUUUGAAGAGACAGGAUCUUAUUGAUGAAUGGAUAGCCAAAGAGGCCAAACGAUCCAACAGCAAUAAAAGCAUGGAUCCCAGCUGUUUGAAAUGGACCCCUCCCAAGGGCACUUAAAUUGAUCUAUCACUCCAAGGAGUUUGGACACCCCUCCAUGUGCCGCCACCUACUUCAUGAUCCUCUUUCCUUUCCCAGCGUUACCAACUGCCUUUGGGAUUGUGGACGUGCCAUUGAUGUUCAUCCCAGCCCCCUUCCUUUCACAUAUUUCCAGAAAAUCCCCUUCUUCUUGGGAAUGUUUUGGCCCACAUUCUUUGUACACAGGGCAAUGCUGAAAUGAUCUGGAUAUCCUGUUAGUGUGACCCCAGGAGUGGUGGGUGAGCAGUAAUACCUUGUCCUGGCCCUUUCCAUUUGCUGCUUCAUUAGCCACAUGGGCAUAGUCCAAAAGAUUGUGUUGUAUCCUACACUUGUUUUUGUUCUUUCAAGUUGCUGCUUCCACUGCAGCAUCAUAUAGCUCUAGUGCACAUAUGGAGCAGAAGAAAGUGAUAAAGUCAUGGUUGGUAGGUAUGACUAUACGCAAGAUAGCAGAGAUCAGGGGCAUGGGCAUUUUAAAAUAUUUUCCAUGAAAAAAGGUCAAUGCUAGAAUAAAGUUAACUGUCAGAGUCAAAAAUUCAAGGCAGCCUUCUGUCUCUUCUGCUGUCUUUCUGCUCACAAGUUUAUUGUACAUGGGAGAUAAUUCAAAAACAUUUGCAAAAUA